AAGAAACAAAAUAUUCAACUAGUUGGUUAACUUUGGAAAGCAAUUGAAGUCAAAGAAAGCUGCUCAAACAAAUGUUUCAAUAAAAUGCACGCUUCGUUUCAACAGUGCACAGCUUGCAGUUGGCUGAAGUUGUUAGAUUCAAACAACGCAUUUAUCAUGAAGUUUGUGAUUGUCUUUUUGGCUGCCAUAUUUUUUGGAGCGUUGGGAGUUCACAGUUUGAAGUGUUACGAGUGCCAAGCUUCUCCUUCACUUGAUGACUGCUCAUCGCAAGCAACACAAGUCACAUGUCCUUCUUAUCUCAAUAACUGCGCCUCUCUGACUGUAAAGGUCGAAGCUGGUGGCGUAUCGGGCCAAGCUCACGCGAAAGCGUGCAUGACAGACGAUAUAUGCCAGGGAAGCCUCCCGGAUGUCUGCAACCAAGAAGGAUAUGAAUGUAACAUUGAAUGCUGUUCAACUGACUUGUGUAACAACGCGGUUGAGGGCGGAGGUGAAGGUGAAGGAAGCUCCGCUGAGGGUUUGUCAUGCAACUAUUGCUAUAGUUCCACUUCGAUGGAUGACUGCACUGAAUCUCAAGAGGUGGAGCAGUGUUCGUCCGACAUGACACGUUGUGGUGAAAUGUACGCCCAGAAGGGAGACGAGGACUUCUUUGUGAAGGCAUGCAUACCGGAAGAGCUUUGCUCGACUUACUGCAAAGAUGGAUACAAUGAAGAGGGGGGAUUUAAUUGCGAAUUAUACUGCUGUGAAGGAGACUUCUGUAACUGAGCAUUGCUUUAAAAGUGCACCUUAAAAUGGCGCCGGUAAAUUUAGGCUGAUAAUAAAUGGUAAACAUUUGUCAGGAAAUAAAAUCAGUUAAAUCGCCAUGUUAUA